CAGACAGAACCGCCUAAAGCACAAGGAGCCUGCUUGUCCGGGUCUCUCCUGCUACCGGCUGCCACUGGGCCUCAGGGCCAACCUCUCGGCUGCCACCAUGACUCAGGGAUUCUGGAAAGUCUACAAGUCCAAAGUGCUGCAGAGUCUGGGCAGCGAGGUGCAGGAGGAGGAGUUCAAGGAUGAGGGGGAUAACCCCGAGCUGGUGGAAACCACAGAUGCCCCGGUUCUGAUGGAGGAGGGAUCGAACCCCAUCUCCCAGUUGGCACGAAGGGUCCAGGGGGCUGGCGCCAGAGGCUGGAGGAGCAUGUCGUCUCUGUUCAGUAGGGAGGAUGAGCACAGGCUGCUGACCCCCGAGCCCUGCGCUGACCACCCCCUGGCACCAAAGCCAGCAGAGUCACCCCCUGCAGGGAAGACGACAUCAGGGUUCUGGGAUGUCUUUGCCACCAAGUGGCAGCAGGCCUCUGCCCUGGACAAGAAGACGGCCCAGCCUGAGUUCAGCGAGCCAGCGGCCGAGUUCAGCGAGGCGCCAGGGGAGCCCCCGGGAGAGGAGCCCACCUAUUCCAACAACGGCAGCGACCUCCAGGAGCCAGAAGAGGGCACCUUCAAGUGGGGCUUCCUGGUCAGCAAACUGGCUGAGAUAAGGAAUAAAAAUGCCCCCAAGGGUAACUAGAGCGGAAGGACUUUUCCCGUCAGCCUCAGCCGAGGGCCCCUCGCUCACUCGGGAGGAGAACACCCAGCAUUUUAACCCUUUCCCUCACUGCAGAGGAGCCAGCAGCACCGUCAGCCUAGAACACCCACAGUGUGGCUGCAGUACCCCGCCUCCCACCCCCGGGGUCUGUCCCUGUGCGCUAAGGGGCUGGACUGUUCAGUGGCUAAUACCUUCUCCCUCUGGGGAUCCCUCCCAGCCUGCCCUGGGGUGGAGAGACUAGAGGGUCUCACCGUCUUUCCCGCUCUCUGAGUUCUGCGGUUCACACGGGGACACUGGUCGCCCUGGGCUUUGCUCACUGGGAUACCAGCUGGGCCUGAGAACGUGGCUGGGCAUGGGGAAUCCAGCGCUCUGAUGCUGAAGGAGGGACCUGCAGGGUUAGCCUGUCCUGGAGCCUUGCUCCCCUCGCCUUGGGCCAACAGCGGCACUUGGAUUGGGAGUGCAGAGCUCAGGGUAGCUCGUACCAUGUGGGCAUCUUGGGGACACGGUGGAGGUCCAGCUGGCACCCAUCAUGCCCAGAAGAAUCACGUAGGUAACGCAUUGAAACUCAGCUGAAAACACCCCCCUGGAUGACCCUCGUGCAGCACUGGCCUCUUUGCAUGGUAUGGAUGAGGUUCCCACUGCAGGGAAGCUGUUGUCAGAGCGAGGUCUCCACUAAGCUCCUCCCUUGUGUUCUGUACCAUUUGCUCCAUCAGGGAGAGAUUCUGGGACCACUCCCGUGUGUGACGCAUCUCACAGGGCUAAGCACUCCCUACCCGUACUAUACAACAUGCUCGCAGCCUAAUGGUUAGAGCAGGACCAGGGCUUCCAGGUUCUUGUCCCUGCUCUGCUAUUGACUUGAAUUGCGUGACUGUGGGCAAGUCCUGUAAGCUCUUUGCACGACAUUUGAAAUGUGAGCAAGAGACUAUCUAUCUGCUACCUCCCAGGCAUGGUGUGAAGUGACUGGGCUGGGCCUGCCACAUGGACAGAGCAAUUCAUGUACCUAGAGCGCUUUGUGAUCCUUGCAUAGCUGCAGUGGAGGAAGCCCAGAGCCUGAGGAGCUGCAGUUCUGUGUACUGGGAUUUCCCAAACCUGGCAAGCCAAGACUUUCAGAAGUGAGCAGAGCCUGUGGGUGCCGAGCCUAGGAGCUCUUAUAGGGGCCCGGUUUGUUGAAAGAGCAGAGCACUCACCUCGGAAAAGCCAGACCCUCUUUAAAGGUGGCUUAGUUCGGAUACCUGAAAAUGAAGAACCAAAGAUCACUAGGUGCAUUAAAAAGCUUGGCCAUGGUGGCUUCCAUCCUAACUUGUGUAACCAGGGCAGCCAGGCUUUCAGACACGUUCUUUGGCCAAAGGCUGGAUAAGAAGGAGCAGGUUCUUCAUGCCUCUGGGUUAGUGUUUGGCUAAGGAGUGCCAGGAACUCACCCUCCAGCAGGAAGAGUUCUAGAAUUAGAUGUUCAUGGUGGCUUGUGAAUUACUGAUCCACAGAUCCUUGUAAGGCCUGGAUCACCUAGCUGCAGGGAAGCGACCCAGCCAAGCUUUCCUGCAUGAAACUCUGUUUCUGUGUCUCAGACCCACCAUCACACAUGGACGGGGGUUGCAGUUUGACUGGCCGGGGUAUUUGCAGAGCGCGCGUGAGUGAGGUGUUUUCCUGCCGCUGUGCCUGUUUAACACU